GUGCGUAUAGUUUUUGAAUGGUGGGAAUUCCUGAAAGUUUAAUUGUUACAAGAAUACGUGGAUGUUCUUGGUAGAUUUGAGAAAAUGGGAAACGUUAAUUGUGCUAGAAGACAGGAGUCGACACCAGCAGAAAUCCAAGCAGAAUCAGUGAGAAAUCAGGAUGAAAACUGCCAGUCCACUAAAUGUGAUAGUGCCGGGUCUCAUCCUGAAGCUAGUGUCGCAACAGAAAAAACCGAAUCUCCAUCCUUCUCGUGCGAAGACAUCGCGGAAAUGAGUGAGAAGUUAAAACUAGGAGCUUUUGUUUUUAUGGGGAAGAAAAGUAAUCCAGAGGAUCACUGCUAUGAUUUAUUAUCAGAAGGCAGGCUUAAAAUUUUGCAUGAUCUGAAUGAGUCGUUAGACAAAUGA